CAGCAGGAAGGGGCCAUCCAGCCGCAGACCCCAUGGGGAACACCAGCGCAGAGCCCCCCAGCAGUGUGGGCUCCCUGCAGCAGGGCUGUGCCUGGAGCCCCCCGGCCGAGGGGGCUGAGGAGCCGCUGCGGGUGCCCACGUUCUCGCCCGCCGCCCAGGCGCGCGUGGCCAUCACCUUCGCCCUGUUUGCCCUCUCCGCCGGCUGCAACCUGGCGGUGCUGCGUGCGGCAGGGGCCCGGCGCGGCGCCCGGCGCUCCCACAUCUGCCUGCUGCUGCGGCACCUCGCUGCGGCUGACCUGCUACUCACCGUGGCCGUGAUGCCGCUGGACGCCGUCUGGAACAUCACACUGCAGUGGCGGGCGGGCGACCUGGCCUGCCGCCUCCUCAUGUACCUCCGGCUGCUGGCCAUGUACGCCUCUGCCUUUGUCACCGUCGUCAUCAGCCUGGACCGGCAGGCCGCCAUCCUGCGCCCGCUGGCCAUCGCCCGUGCCCGGAGCAGGAACCGCAUCAUGCUGCACAUCGCCUGGCUCCUCAGCGCGGUGCUCUCAGUGCCACAGCUCUUCCUCUUCCGCACGGUCACAGUCACCAUCCACCCCCUGCACAACUUCACGCAGUGCACCACGCUCGGCAGCUUUGCCCAGCCCUGGCACGAGACCUUCUACAACAUGCUGGGCUUCACCUGCCUCUUCCUGCUCCCACUGCUCAUCAUGGUUUGCUGCUACACACGCAUCCUCCUGGAGAUCUCCCGGCGCAUGGGCUCCAGCCUCUUCUCCUCCCAGGACGCAUCACUGCGGUGCUCCAGGGACAACAUCCCGCGGGCACGGCUGCGCAUGCUGAAGAUGAGCCUGGUCAUCGUCUCCUCCUUCAUCCUCUGCUGGACCCCCUACUAUCUGCUGGGCCUGUGGUACUGGUUCUGCCCCCGGGCCAUGGAGAAGAGGGUCUCGCCCACCCUUGCCCACAUCCUCUUCAUCUUCGGCCUCUUCAAUGCGUGCCUGGACCCCAUCACCUACGGGCUCUUCACCAUCCCCUUCCGGAGGGGCUGGGGCUGCCCCUGUGGGCACAGGCCCAAGCCCCAGCCGCCCUCCCUGGCCACCAGCUCCUUCCACUGCUCAGCCUCGUCCCCGCCGCAGCAGCGGGAGCUGCCCGCUGGCUCCGGCUCCUGCCACAGCAGCUCCCUGUGAGGGGACACAGCCCCGUACCCAUGGGGACACCCCGGGGUGCUCAGCUGGGGGAACAGCAGCAGUAGGACAGGUCUGCCAGGGAUGGGGGGGGCACUGCUUCUCUUGCACCCCAAAGCACCUCUGCGGGCGGUGGGGCUGGCGUGGGUGCCCCCCAGUCCCCUCUUUGUGCCUGCCAAGCGCUGCAUGGCAAUAAAGCGCCCCAUGGCC